CUCCCGGCCAGCCCCUCCCCCGGUCCGCCCCGCCGCUGCGAAGCGUCUGGAACCGCAUCCUUCCUCCGCAUCUUCGACCUGCGACCGCAUCCUACCGCAGCUGUCGGCUGGAGCCGCCUGUGAGCCAUUUCCACGUUCUGCUUGUGGAGUGGGGCAAGGGGGGCAGAGUGUGCGGGUGUGCAGGCCUCCCGGACAGUCGGGGGCUCCGCCAGGCGAGUCGCUGCCCGGACCAUCCAGAAGGGCGUGGGUGUCCAGCCUUGCCCAGACUCGACGUGCCGCCCGGAUUCCCUGUCCUCAGCAGAGCAGAACAGCUCGGGAGAAGGGCCGCCAUCCACCAUGGUGAAGCUGGGCUGCAGCUUCUCUGGGAAGCCAGGCAAAGACCCCGGGGAACAGGAUGGGGUUACCACGGACAGCGUCCCUCUGAUCAGCCCCUUGGAUGUCAGCCAGCUCCAGCCACCGUUCCCUGAGCAGGUGGUCAUCAAGACACAGACGGAAUACCAGCUGUCUUCCCUGGACCAGCCAAAGAAGUUCCCUGACCUGGAGGCCCAGAAGCUGGCCUGCAGCCACCCAGAGGAAGGGCGCAGGCUGCCCACCGCGCGGAUGAUCGCCUUCGCCAUGGCGCUCCUGGGCUGCGUCCUGAUCAUGUAUAAGGCCAUCUGGUACGACCAGUUCACCUGCCCUGACGGCUUCCUCCUUCGGCACAAGAUCUGCACCCCGCUGACCCUGGAGAUGUACUACACCGAGAUGGACCCCGAGCGCCACCGCAGCAUCCUGGCGGCCAUCGGGGCCUACCCGCUGAGCCGCAAGCAUGGCACCGACACGCCCUCGGCGUGGGGGGAGAGCUACCGCGCCGUCAAGGGGGCGCCCAAGGCGCCCACCCCGGCGGGCGCUGCUGCUGCUGCUGCUGCGGCGGCGGCGGCGGCGGCGGCCACCGAGCCCCCCGGGAAGCCCUCGGCGGCGGGAGAGAAGGAGGCGGCGCCGAAGGCGGUGGGCAGCGCGGAGCCUCCGGCCCUCCAGUGACAGACUCCGCGUCCGCAGCCCGGGUAGGUGUGCCUCGUCCAGGCCCCGCUCCGGGGCGCCGGCCCGGCCCGCCAGAGGUGCGACCCUCCGUGCGGCCCGGGGCCGGGUCUGAGCGCCUGGAGGGGCGGGGCGGGGGCGGGGGGGCUUUCUUCCCGCGCAGGGGGUCUCGUGCCGCCGCGGCCCGCUCACCCUCACGCCUGCGCCCUCCG